AUGACAUCCGUACAACACUUUGCCAAUCUCCUGAACUCCCUUCUACCAAGGCAUUUUGAGGCAGUCAAGGACCCAUCUUUGUGCUUGCGUGACUGCAUCCAGCGCUAUAUGGACUUAGUGGAGGAUCCCAGUGGGCUGGCCAGCACUUUCGUUGGUGCUGAAGUCUUCGACGCCCACGUUACCUGCUGUCUCACACUUCUCAGCAACAUGGCCACCUCAGAGAGCCUGGCUGCUGAAGCCGUCGCUGGUAAUGGAAAGCCACUCUUCAGUAUCUAUCAGACACAGCAAUUAUCCAAAUGUUUGGAGUUCGUAGUCUGCCUCGGCGUCUAUCCCUUUCUCUCACCGGGGGUUUCGGCGCCCUUGGAACUGCGCAUGGAACAUUGGGAGAAGUUUGCACUUCCCCAACGGCAAAGUGCGCCGGAUAAACGACAGAAGUUGUCGCAGGUAUCACUGAAUUUUUCCUUUACGUGACUUUAGCCCACAUGUGUAAGCCAUUUUGGACAGUUUAGCUCGACAUCGGGUCCCUGAUGCUGCCUAAGUACAUGGAGUAGGCCGGAUGGAUUUUCAUGUUUGACUUGGCAGUUUUUAUGGAAUGCUGUGAGAUCGCGCAUCACUUUGGGCCUAACAACCGAGAUCGCAAGUCCAUACAAGACUGACGUUCAACGAUAUAACCUGAUUAGGAAAGGUCGUACGGAUUUUCCGUUUUUCCUUGGUGCCCCGGGCUGUUUCGAGCAUGGCCACCUGACGAGCGCAAAUAAGUCGAAAAUGCUCCUCUAGAGCUUCCAAAAUCUUUGUCAGUAAGACCUUGAGUGCUGAUUAAUCGUCGCCAUGUGUUUGACUCCAAAGAGCAUCUCCAGGCAACGAGAAAGUCAUUUAUUUCAUCCUCAGUUCGGCUGGCUCGGUGAAGUCCACUCCCACUUGUAAAAUUCCCCACCUCAGGAAGUCGCUUAGAUGUUGACUAAAUGGGAAAGUGAUGCCACGUUCGUGUUUCAAAUCUCCGUCUCUCAGCUUAACAUUUGGUAAAAGCAAGCAAGCUAGAACUGCCAAUUUGUGUCAGGCAGUUUUCGCAAAAUCGGCCGAAAGUCACGCACGGCCCUCGACCCUGCAACCAAAGUCAGAGACAGAUACUACCGCAAAAACUGGAAUAUUCUUACCAAAGGACAUUAGAGGUCAUUGAUUCAGAACCGAGAGCCAUUGACCACUCAAUCUGUUAUGUUACAAUGACCGCCAACUCAAAAUACCAAAUGCCUUAUCGAGUAAAAUGUAACAAGAGGAGGCGCUUAUCGACCAGUUAGCUCAGCUGGGGGCCUUAUCCGCAGUGAAGUGGUUGACAAUGCGUUCCUCUCUCGUUCUAAGUUCUUUUUGUCUGUGCGGAUGCGUUAUUCCGCAUUAUCUGUUUUAGCAACUGGGCUAGGAGAUCUUUAAUCCUCACAGUUACAGUUUAUCUCAUCCACCCUAUCUGUCGAAUCCUCAAUGGUGGAUGCAUAUCCUUUCAGAUUGCCAGCUGCUUCUCCGCUCUCUGGCAGUCACCAACCCGGGAACUCCGUGGCCUCCUGUCGCCCAAUCUCUUUUUGGGCGACUAUAUUGCCGUUCUGUUGCAGUUGGGCUACGAGCCCAUUCCGUCGACCGCCCCUCCCAAGGACACAGAAAGACAGCAGAAGGAGGAGGAGGAGAAAGAGGAGACUACUCGUCUGACAUUGGAGGCUCGUCGUCAGCUGCGCAGCCUUCUCUCAGACCUGCCACGGCCAAUCGCCCUGCGCGAACUCUUCUUCUUUCAAGCAGGCUUUUGCCAGAGUAGAGUGAGUUGUUGCCAGUUGUGGGUUGUGGACUUAGCAAAGCCUAACUCAACUACUUUGCGUCUGAUUACUCCCAACUGGCUCAAUCCUUGUUCUCAAACGGGAAACGACAAUCUAGGGUGUAACUCCGAAGCGUUCUUGAACCGCCUUUCCCGGUUCUGUUGGCUGCGGGCCAACAACCAGAGUGACGUCUUUUUUACAAUAAUUUAAGUUUAAGGGUUGUGACAGGGACUCAGUGUUUUUCUUGAAGACCGACUUUUUGGGGCACAUACGGUCAAUAACUGAUCCCAUAAAAUGUUAACCGGAAUUCUGAAAUGCUUUUUCGAUUAGGACGGACUACUUUAGUGGAGUUGUAAUACUGACUAUCACGCGGCAUAAUCCAAUGAUAUUUAAAACACGCUAAGAAGUUGGCUUUUGAUCGUACUGAAUAAACCGCUUUCGGUAAAAAUGACUGCUUAAGAUGCAUUUAAGGCUAUACCACGGAAAACGUGCGCAAAAAUAUACUUUCUUAUUCUUAGUUGAUAAAAUAUCAGGUCUUCCUCAGAUUUCAUACCCCAAAGAAGGGCACAUUUAGGUUUUAAAAGUUUCUUACUAUGGAAUCUUCCAAGACCUUACAAUGCCCACCCAAAUAGCAUUGUAUCUCUCUGUUCAUUAAUGCUAUUCAUGAAGUAUGCAUUGCGAGAUUUUACGAAACCUAUAUGGUAUCUUUUAAAUUGAAUAUAAAAAUGUUUGAUUUUCCUGACAUGGAAAGUAUACAGGUUGUAGACCGAGAACUCUGACGUAAAUGCAACGGCAGACCGAGCUUAAAAUUCUUUAGGAGUCGAAAAGGUUUUUUUUAACGCCUAUAUAUCUUCCUUUUCUGUGGGCAAUUUGACAAAGUUAUUCUCUGUAGAAUGAGUAUGAGAAAGAAUACUUCUAUGCAUGAUUUCUGAGGGCAUCGAAGAUCAGUAUGAAAAGUGUCCGCUUAAGUGAUCACUUUUUUUUACAGAGAGCGGUUUUUGUAAGCGGCCGAAGAGGAGUACAAUUAAAAGCCAACAUCCUAACGUGUCUAAAAUAUCGAGGGAUUAUGCCGCACGGUAGUCAAUAUUUCAACCCCCCAUAAGUAACCUUUUCGAAUUGAGAACGCAUUUCAGAAUUUUAGUUAAUAUUUCGUAAAGGUCGUUUAGUGACUAUAUACUCUCCCCCUUCUGGAAAAGGCGUUUCUUCGUAAGUCCGUGAAUUUGAAACAUGUCACUGCGAAAAGGCUAGAGUUCCAGAUAAGUCAAAAUCGGAAGACGAUAUGAAAUAUUAUGACCUACAGUAGAUGUGCUAACUCAUGAAAUGUCAACCAAACUUUCGAAAUGCGUUCUCGUUUCGAAUAGAUAAAUUGAGUAGUGUUGUAAAACUAAUCAGGAUGCAGCAUAAAUCUAUAAUGAUCCAGUUACCUCAGGGUGUCGGCUUUCGAAAGAACUUAUUUUCGGCUACAUGCAACAUCUACACUCUGCAAAAAAGGACUACAUAUGUAGCAUGCAAUUUUCUCAUUGAUUUUCGAUGCCCUUGAAAAUUCAAUUAUAUUUCAUGAAAAACAUGCAUGAAACUAUUCAUUCUUUUACUUAUUCGGUAGAAAAUCACGUCUUCUUCCAAUUUCAUACUCAAAAGAAGAGUAUAAUUCGGUUUUAAAAAAACCUUUCUACUUCCCGAAUAAUUUUGAACCCGACCUGCUGUUACAUCUUCAUUCAGAGUUUCCAAACUACAAGCUGUAUAUUUUCCGUGUACGGAAAACCAUGCAUUUCUCUGCGGCGUUAAGAGGAGACCAUAUGAGAUUUAUAAAAUUCAGCAGUGGAUUUGAGCAAUAUUGUUAACAUUGCAAGCCACAUUCGUAAAUGCAGAUACAUGACGGUUCAUGAACGGCCAUUUAUCGGUAUUAAAAAAUCUCACAAUUAGAAACUUUUUUAAAACCGAAUUAUACUCUUCUUUUGAGUAUGAAAUUGGAAGAAGACGUGAUUUUCUACCGAAUAAGUAAAAAAAUGAAUAUUUUUAUGCAUGUUUUUCAUGAAAUAUAAUUGAAUUUUCAAGGGCAUCGAAAAUCAAUGAGAUAAUUGCAUGCCAACUAAGUAGUCAUUUUUUGCAGAGUAUAAAUCUUGCAUGCAGCCGAGAAUAAGUUCUUUCGAAAGCCGACACCCAGGAGGUAACUGGAUCAUUAUAGAUUUAUGCUGCAUCAUGAUUAGUUUUACAACAAUACUUAAUUUAUCUUUUCGAAACGAGAACGCAUUUCGAAAUUCUGGUUGACAUUUCAUGAGUCAGCACAUCUACUGUAUCUAUCAUACUUCCGUUUAGGAUCUUUGCUUGCUCAUAUGAUAGUGGACGGUACGUCUGUGCUCUUCUCUGAUGCAGCCUCCCAACAUGAGUGGCGUUGUUACAAGGUAAGGACAUAUUUCUCACUAGAUGCCGCUUUUUUGGUACGCGUGCGGCGCGC